UUUGCACAUGCGCCAGGCUGCUUUUCCGGCUUUGUUGGCGAUUGACGCGGCUCUGCGCACCUGCUGUUACGUGCUGAAAAAGGUAGCCGGCGGGCCAGAAUUUCCAGUUUCGGUGGCUUCGUGGGCUUUUAGCUUCUGAAAUCCGCUAAAAGUGGCGGUUCAUUCAUCUUCAAUUACCUAGUCUGACUGAUAGGGUUGCUCAGCAUUCUGAAACAUUUCGACCUGGGGAGGGGGGCGGUGGUGAAAGAAUGCUUUCUGUAGAGAGAGCCCCUCGCGUCACCCCUGCUUUGAAGGCUUUACAUAUUAACAGAAUGCCGAACAUUUGUGUCCUGCUUGCUGACAGCGCACAGGAUCCUUGUAACAGUAUUUCUCAAGUACUUAACAAAACGAUGAAAAACUGAAGUCCAACCCGUGCUGCUGAUUCCGUAUAUCUCACAGUUUAAAGACUGUCCAGAAACUUUAAGCUUUCAGAACCGUACUUUUUAAAUCCAGUGCGUUUAUCUUCAUUUUGCUGGAAAGAAAGCCAAAGUACUGGACUGCCUUGUUCAGGGCUGGACGCCUAGCACACCUGCUAACUUGGAGCUUCAGAGCCAUGGCAACAAAGGAGUCAGGAGACGCCAGAGCACAGUUGGCCCUCUCCUCAUCGGCCAGUCAGAGCAAGGAAGUGCCUGAAAACCCAAACUAUGCUCUCAGAUGUACUCUCGUGGGACACACGGAAGCAGUGUCAUCAGUUAAGUUUAGUCCUAAUGGAGAAUGGCUAGCAAGUUCUUCUGCUGAUAGGCUAAUCAUAAUUUGGGGAGCAUAUGAUGGAAAAUAUGAGAAAACACUCUAUGGUCAUAAUUUGGAAAUAUCGGAUGUUGCCUGGUCAUCAGAUUCCAGUCGUCUUGUUUCUGCCUCAGAUGAUAAAACUCUAAAAUUAUGGGAUGUGAGAUCUGGAAAAUGUUUGAAAACACUGAAGGGGCACAGUAAUUAUGUCUUUUGUUGUAACUUCAAUCCGCCAUCCAACCUUAUAAUCUCAGGAUCUUUUGAUGAGACUGUGAAAAUAUGGGAGGUGAAAACAGGAAAGUGUCUCAAGACUUUGUCUGCUCAUUCUGAUCCAGUUUCUGCUGUUCAUUUUAAUUGUAGUGGGUCCUUGAUAGUGUCAGGUAGCUAUGAUGGCCUCUGUAGAAUCUGGGAUGCUGCAUCAGGUCAGUGUUUAAAAACGCUCGUUGAUGAUGAUAACCCUCCUGUCUCUUUUGUAAGAUUUUCUCCAAAUGGUAAAUAUAUUCUCACUGCAACUUUGGACAACACUCUUAAACUAUGGGAUUAUAGCAGAGGCAGGUGCCUGAAAACAUACACCGGUCAUAAGAAUGAGAAAUAUUGCAUAUUUGCCAAUUUUUCAGUUACUGGUGGAAAGUGGAUUGUGUCUGGUUCCGAGGAUAACCUGGUUUACAUUUGGAACCUUCAGACUAAAGAGAUUGUACAGAAAUUACAAGGCCAUACAGAUGUCGUGAUCUCAGCAGCUUGUCAUCCUACAGAAAACCUCAUCGCAUCAGCAGCGUUAGAAAAUGACAAAACAAUUAAACUUUGGAUAAGUAACCACUAAUCCUUUUGGAAAUCAAGUAGUAGAGCCAAGUUGGCCAAAAAACUUAGAUAUUUAAAAAGAUGGUUUCUUUUAAUUUUGGCAGUUUUGUAUUUUUUAAAUUAUCGAUUGUUAAAUUUUGAGAUUCAUAUACUACAUUUACAAAAUGAGAUAGUUGAAAAAGCACAUCUAGAACUCAGAGCUUCUGACUACCAAUCUUUUUUGAGAAACUUUUUGUAAUCUUUAUAGAUUUAUACCCAUGAAACUUUUUUUACAGGGAUAUAUUGCGUAGUGGUGAAAUCUGGGCUUAGUAUACCCUCACCCAAAUAGUAUACAUUGUACCCAGUAAAUACUUUCCCAUCUCUCACCCCCCUCCCACCUUUGAAGUCUCUAGUGUCUAUGAUUCUGCUCUCCAUGUCCAUGUGUACAUAUUGUUUAUCUCCCACUUAUGAGAACAUGUGGUUUUUGACUUUAUUAUUAUUUCACUUAAUGGCCUCCAGGUGCAUCCAUGUUGUUGCAAAAGACAAGAUUUCAUUCUUUUU